GCAGUGUGAUAACUAUUUAAGCUGUGUUCACAACAUAGCAUGAUAAACAACUAAAAUGUUGGCCAGAACGAAAAGAACGUGGAUAAUACCGGAAUAAAUAAAAAUCGAUAUAUAUUUAAUAAAAACGAGAGCACGUACAAAUACGCACGCACGCGCGCCCUAAAUUGCCAUGGCAACCGAACGAUGACCCGACCGAGGGUAUUUAAGGUCAGCGGACUUUCUGAACGUUCCUUUUGCACUUUGACUUGAACACGAACUUUAAACCUCCUGUGAAAGCAAACUGCUGAGAACUGAAUCUUUGAGUUUUUGACUGCUGGACGGAAUCUACUGGAUACGAAUAUUGUUGGAGAAGUGAACGACUACAUAACAUCUUUUGUGGAGCACAGACGAGGCUGAAACAGGCCCUCAGGAGCGGCGGAGCAUCGAGGACGACCACCUGCUGAAGGAAGUUGGCUGUGAUUGGAACCUUCGGUGUUCAAAUGGCCCGACGGUGCAGCUACACCAGCGUCCAGAUCCCGGACCCUAACCGGCCCGGGAUCCUGCGGACCAUCCUCAGGAUCAGAGGACCGGCCUCCCUGAUCGGCACCUUACCUGGGCCGUCUCCUCCCUCCUCUGCUACCUUCUCCUUUCCCUCUUCUUCUAGCUCCUCCUCUAAUUCUUCUGGCUCCUCUUCUAGUUCUUCUAGCUCCUCCUCUAAUUCUUCUGGCUCCUCUUCUAGUUCUUCUAGCUCCUCCUCUAAUUCUUCUGGCUCCUCUUCUAGUUCUUCUGGCUCCUCUUCUAGUUCUUCUAGCUCCUCCUCUAAUUCUUCUGGCUCCUCUUCUAGUUCUUCUAGCUCCUCCUCUAAUUCUUCUGGCUCCUCUUCUAGUUCUUCUAGCUCCUCCUCUAAUUCCUCUGGCUCCUCUUCUAGUUCUUCUAGCUCCUCUUCUAGUUCUUCUUCUCGCUCCUCCUCUAGUUCUUCUUCUCGCUCCUCCUCUAGUUCUUCUUCUCGCUCCUCCUCUAAAUCUUUCCGUAGCAUCCCCUCAAUUUCCACCCAUGGACAAGGUAAGUCUUUAAAGGUAAGUCCCCAUGAACCAUUAUCUAAAAGGAGCUGUGCUAGAGUGGAGUGCGUAUACCAGUUAAACAGCCGGUGGUUUAAAAGAGCCACUGGUACUCCAGACAUUAAACCUUUGCCUAAGCCUCCUCAGGGACCCGGGGAACCAUCGCAGGUAAGUCCCCCUAAGCCUCCUCAGGGACCCGGGGAACCAUCGCAGGUAAGUGCCCCUAAGCCUCCUCAGGGACCCGGGGAAGCAUCGCAGGUAAGUCCUGGUGAGUAUCGGCCGUUAUGGGUCCAGCCUGAGCCAGAUUGGGUGGUAGAUAUGAGGGUUUAUCUAGAGUGGAGAGACCAGUUUGACAGCUGGUGGUGCAAUAGACGCACUGAGGCUCCAGGUAAUAUUAGGAACCAUAAUCCAAAUAAGAAUGUUUAUUCGUUUGAAAAGAAUUUAUCUGAGUUUGAAAUUACUUACAUGGAGUAAAAUGAUUUACAUGUUUACAUUCAUUUUUAAGUUUCAUCAUGCUGUAUUUUUUGUAUUAAGUUGUAUUUAUUUGUAUGUUUUUAUUUGAUAGUAUUUCAGUAAUAAUACACUUUCAAUCCAGAAACCUGCUCAACCUCCAGCUUGGUCCAGAUCCAGGCCUGACACCUCCAUCCUUCAGUCUUCAAUCAGUCUGCAGUCUUCCUGAAGCGCCAUCUCUGGUCCGUGCCGUUGACCUGAAACUCACCUCCACUUGGCUUAACAUCUACAAUCUUCCGCUCCUGGCCUGAGCCUUCACCCGACACCUCCAUCCUUCAGUCUUCAAGCAGUCUGCAGUCUCCUGGACCGCCAUCUCUGGUCCGUGCCGUUGACCUGAAAGCCACCGCCAAGAGAUGGUCCCUUCUACGACCGUCGGUCAACCUGCUGGACUUCGCCUCACCACACUUCGGGCCCCCUGACACGCCCGUAUCUCUCGUGGGUCAAGGAUUCUGUGAAGGGCCCACUCCUGGAACCAGAAAGUCGUGGACUACUGGUGUUUUUCCGUUUUGUGGUUUUUGUCAUCUGACUCAACAAAAUAAACCUUUUUGUUUUACCCCAACUGAUCUGGUCUGCGUCUGGGUCCUGUCCGAGGUAACCGUGACAGUUAUGUUCCAGGAAGCUGUGGUGAAGGAGCUCAGAUGAGGUUUUUAUUAAGUAGAGCCUUAAUGUCUGCACUGGUGCCUUUGGACCAGAUAAUAUGUCCACCCAGUCACACAGGUUGUUGAUGGUCAAGAAGCUACAGCUGUGUAUUACUGUUCUACCUCUUCCUCGAAAGGCCUAUACAGAUUAACUCUGGGUUU